CUCAAUAUUUUGCAACGGGUUUCUGCACCAAUGUUACCCUAUUGUUCCACGGGCUUUCGCUCAGUUCGAUCACUCCCAAUUUGAGCAUUUCGUCGACCUCUUGGAACAACAACUUCUGCUUUGGUGGUGAUACUGGAUAGAAUCUCUCUUUCACUGGCACUGUAUCCAGCAGUUGGAUCGUGUGCUCUUCUAAUGUGGUACGUCCGAGUCCGCCUGAAACUUCUCACAGACUUCUGCCAGGACCUCUUGUUGCGUCUCGUUGAGGACAUGUGGUUCCACCGGCUCCUUUUUGGAAUUAAACUCCUCAUCCUCGAUGGACAACUCCUCUACUCCCAAGAGAUCAGGUGCGAGCUCGAAUUUGCGGCAGAAAUCUAUGCCUUUGACGCAGUGACGGGCACAGCAUGAUUCACUCCUCCUGCCGUUUGAACUUUCGAGUAAGAUGUUUUUCUUUUUAAUUCCAGUUUAUUCACCAGCUCUUCACAUCCGUCGCCCAGGAAACUCACUGAAGCUCCCGUGUCUAGCAGACCUUCUACGUGAAACUAUUGCAUCUUUACCGUAGCGAAUGCCUGAUUCUCCUUUUGCCUUG